GACCUUUCAGGGAUCCAUUCAUCAGAGAAUAUCCAAAGCUACAGCACAACCUGCACAGCCUGCACAGACUGCACAACAGCAGUAUUUUUUCUUCUUCUAAUUAAACAGGUUGUGUAUUACGUCACAGAAGCUCUUCACACUUUGGAGGGAUUAGUAGACUAUUCAGUUAAUUUAUUCUUUAAUUUAUAUAUUUUAUACAAAGCUUUUUGGACUGUGAAUUAAGAAGAGAUCACAUUAGGACCCUUUACCGGUUAUUUGUGCAUUUUUGGAUAGCCGGCAUGAUGAUGCUUUCAUUAAGGCUGUUACUUUUGGCUUGGAGUGGUACACUUUGCUUCGUACCGUUGGCGUGGACUGGUGUGAUGGAAAGCUUGUCCCAACAAAACCAAGUUUUUUCAGAAGAAUUUGAAGAUGCACAGUUGGAGGAAGAAGUAGACAAUCAGGAGAACGUUUUAACCCAGCUCCUAGGUGACUAUGACAAAGUGAAGACUCUCUCAGAGGGCCCGGAUUGCCGCUGUAAAUGUGUGGUCAGGCCUUUGAGCAGGAGCGCCUGCAGGCGUAUUGAAGAAGGGACUGGAAAGCUUGAGGAUUUCUACACAGUGGAGACAGUGACCUCAGGACCCAAUUGUAAGAAGUGUGCAUGCAUCGCCCCUCCAUCUGCCCUCAAUCCCUGCGAAGGAGACUUCAGGUUUAAGAAGCUCCAAGAGGCUGGGAAAGAUGAUGUCAAGCUUUCCACCAUCAUGGACUUGCUCGAGGGGGCUUUGUAUGGGAUGGAUCUGCUAAAAUUGCACUCAGUCACCACUAAACUCCUGGCACGUGUGGAAAACAUAGAAAAGUCAUUUUCCAGAAAUGUGACAAAGGAGCAAGGGAGCGUGAAAGGAGAGAAAGAGCAAGGGAAGGACUCACGUGACCACCAUCACCUGGAGAAGAAAAGACGUUUGAGCGAGCUGGAGCCCUCACUGCAGAAUAAAGUCGCUGCAGCUUUCUCACACACAGAGGUGAGAGAGAUUAUGCUGAGAUACACCAAAGCCAACACACACACACACACACACACACACACACACACACACAUACACGCACAAGACCACAUAUACAGUAUGCAGUUCCCACACUGAAAUGUGUUAGAAAAC